CAAACUGUUGAACGUGCAAGGAAAAUUCAAAGAUUUUUGAGUCAACCAUUUGCGGUCGCCCAAGUCUUUACUGGUUUUGAGGGUCGUCUUGUCAAGCUAAAAGAUACAAUUCGUUCAUUCCAAGAAAUUUUGGACGGCAAAGCUGAUGAUCUACCAGAAUCAGCUUUCUAUAUGGUUGGUGACAUCGAAGAUGCCAGAAAGAAAGCAGAAG